GCCGCUUAAAACGGACAACUAGCGCCCUGCUCGCGACGUCAUGCCUCUUGGACGCGUCCGAUACGAAAUUAAUGCCGAAUCAGGCAGUUCACCAACUCCCUCCUCCACCAGGCCCGGGCCGCCGCUCAGUCUCCCUGCACUCCUUUCUUAACGGACUUUUCAAACUUAUCCCUGUGACCCCCAAGCAAUGUUCAGAACGUAUAACCGUUGACCUCCUCUCUGCAACACACAGCAUGCGCCCCUGGAGCUUUGCCAACGCUGCCAUCUUCGUCUGAGCAAUGUGGAGACGCAUCUACUUGCUCCUCCUGCUGGUUCGUGUCUACUUCGCCCUUUCGCCGAGCUAUCUGCACCCUGAUGAGAAUUUCCAAGGUCCAGAGGUGUUCGCAGGGCGAAUCUACUCGUAUCCAGCAGAGUUGACAUGGGAGUUCACAUCUGCGCAUCCGAUCCGCAGCGUCUUUCCGCUAUGGAUCGUCUACGGCUUGCCGAUGAGCGUUCUCAAGUGGUUUUACAACGAGGCCGGCAAUGAGGGACCCCCUCCAGAGCUCGUAUACUAUGUCUUGCGUGGAGUGAUGUUCGUUUUGAGCUUUGUUCUCGAGGACUGGGCCAUCUACGAGCUGGUCUCCUCGCCGCGCCAUCGCCUCCAGACGUUGGCUCUGGUCGCAUCAUCUUAUGUCACCUGGACAUAUCAGACGCACACCUUCUCCAACUCAUUAGAGACGCUCUCGGUGGCCUGGGGUCUGGUGCUAAUAAAAAGGAUCGUGGAAAACAAGAACCACUCGGGCUUCUUCUCCUGUGUCGUUCUCUCCUUCGUUGCGGUCGUUGGUGUCUUUAAUCGAAUAACUUUUCCUGCCUUUCUCUUGAUACCCGGGUUACAAUUGCUGCCCCAUUUUGUUCGAAAACCGUUCUCCAUUAUCUCUCUCGUAGUGUUCGGGGCUAUCUUCACCGUGAUAGCUAUUCUUACCGACACCUUCUUCUACAAUCCGCCCUCGAUAUCGACUCUUGACUCUCUUCGUUCUCUCGUUAUAACUCCUCUGAACAAUCUCCGUUACAACUCGAAUUCCGCCAACCUAGCUACUCAUGGCCUCCACCCUCAUUAUCAGCACUUCCUCGUGAAUUUUCCAGAGCUUCUUGGUCCGGUAUACAUCAUGAUCUGCCUGGCACCCUUGACGCGGUCGUUAGUGUCUGUCCGCUUAAGGAACCGACGUGCUCUAUCUGCCAUAUCUGCCACCAUAAUCUUAUCGAUCUUCCCACACCAGGAAGCUCGUUUCUUGGUUCCAUGCAUUCCUCUUCUCUUGACUUGCGUAAGACCACGCAAGUCAAAAAUAUUCUUGGUGGCAUGGAUCAUCUUCAAUGCUGCUCUAGGAUUUCUGAUGGGCAUAUACCACCAAGGAGGCAUCGUGCCUGUUCAGCUUCAGAUCCCAUCUAUUGUUUCAACAAACAUACAAAGUUCGCCUGCACUUAAAGCGAAUCUUGACACAGUCCCAUCAGCGACCGUGCUAUGGUGGAAAACAUACUCGCCUCCGCGAUGGUUACUCGGUGACAACAGCAGUCUUCCCUUCCGUCUGACCACUCGCGAUCUGAUGGGUAUCUCCGGACCGGACAUGGUUCAGGAGCUGGAAAGGAUUGUUCCAAGCUGUCCGGCAGUCCGCAAGUCCGAAUCAAAAGAGAGCACUCAUGACGAUCCCACUGACCAGGAUUCUGUCUUCCUGGUUGCCCCUCGCUCAGCUACAUUUCUAGACCAAUACACUCAGCCAUCUCCAACUGACCCUUCAGCCCUCCGUUUCCAGAACGUCUGGACGUACGAGAGACAUCUCAAUCUCGACGACCUCGAUUUCGGUGACGACGGUGUCAUCCCGACGCUGAAACGCGUCCUCGGCAGACGAGGUUUGAGUGUCUGGGCCGUGAAGAAAGCAGGCUGUUGAUGAUCACCAGCUCCGUUUCUUUCUUUCUUUUUUUUAUUUCACUUUUUUUUUUCUUCUCCUUAAUUUCAUUUCCUCAUUGAUACCACGGGUGGUUAACGGAAGCGUUACGCUCCUUAACCAAGAUUGGAUGGGAAAAGGACGGCACGAGGACAGGGGACCUGGAUUGGACUUAGGGGAAAACAGGUGGGAAGGCAUUAGAUACCGGCACGGGGAAUUGGAAUUGGAAUUCGGAUUUGCUGCAUGCCUGUUAAUAUAGGCUUUUGAGAAGAAAUCCUCUUCUUCUAACUUAUAACUAUCCCUCCAUUUUCAGAAUUAGACAUCUAAUCCAUCAUAUCCUAACUUA